AUGAACUGGUGUGUGAGUAUCUUAAAACCAGUGCCCCCACCAUCACCGCCUGCUGCCCCUCCCUCUCGCCGGUCUCGCUACAGAUAUAUCUAUAUACGUGAAAAAGAAAAAAAAAAGGAAAGAAAAGAGAACGUCACUCUGAAAAUGCAGAGAGCAGCCAGUACGGGCACUUGCUCGCUUGUUAAAAGUCCGUGUGAGUGCGUGCGGGUGUGCGAUCUAAUAGCCAGUGCCCCUCCCCCAAAACUAUCUCUCUCUCACUCUCCCAUUAUUUCUUGCUUUCUUUUCUUUCUUUCUUUAUUUAUUUGCUCUCUUCCUUCCCUUCUGUUUUUUUCUUUCUUUCUUUACUUUCUCGCUCGCUCACAACCAAAACCAAUCCGAACGCUUUUUUUUAUGACUAUCUAUGCCGUAUCUAUCUAUCUAUCUAUCUUCGUACUUUUCAAUCACAUGUUAAUCUAUCUAGCCAUGUCUCUUACUGUCAGUCAUUGUCUCUUACUGUUAAUCUCUUUCUCUCUCUUAAUGUCUAUUAUCUAUCUAUCUAUCUCUUAUUGUCUGUCUAUCUAUCUCUUAUUAUCUAUCUAUCUCUUAUUGUCUCUCCAUGUAUCUCUUAAUCUCUAUUAUUGUCCCUCUCUCUAUCUAUCUAUCUCUUAUUGUCCCUCUCUCUAUCUAUCUCUUAUUGUCCCUCUCUCUAUCUAUCUCUUAUUGUCUAUGUCUUAUUGUCUGUCUAUCUAUCUAUCUUAA